AUGAAGAAUGUGAGUGAAAUAGAUAGGAACACUCUAGCUGCUUCAUUAGAUGGAAUCCAAAGUGGAGUAGGAGUAUACACUCUAGCUGAUUUAAGCCUCUUGACUGUCAUGAUUAUGCAUACAUUUCAUUAUUCUUCUCAUGACAAAGAGACCCUUCUAUGCCUUAUCUUGGGCAUGGAUCUAUCUUGAGCAGAUUUAUUAUUAUUAUUAUUAGUAUUCUCUUUUUUUCUGAACUAUAUGUCUCGUUCAGCACCACAUAAGCCCCUAAAAAAAAAAAGGAAAAAAAAAAAGAGAGCAUGAGGGGAUGGUUAGUUUUUUGUUCUUCAUCUUCUAAUCUCUUCUCUUUCUUUUGAUAAGAUGCUCCAUCAAGCUUAUUUGGUCUCUAUUUUUCUUCUCCUUUUGAGAAUAUUGUUGAGCAUUCCCUUACGUUUGCCAUUUUUCUAUCUUCCCCCUUUCACUCUAAAUCUUGGGAAUAUUCCAUUUGAAGAAAUAAUAUCCUUACAUAUCUUUCCUUAUAUCCACCCUCAAAUAGUCUUUUGAGCCAUCCAUCCAUUCUUUUCUUCUUACCUCUAGAGAUAGGAGCCAUCCCAUUAUGUUUUAUUGAUACAUUUCUUGAUAUUCUAUGCUAAUACAAGAGGAGAAAUGUGUUUACUUCUGCUUUCACCUAGGAGGAUAGAUAAUGGAGUUGUCUAGUGUUAAGCAACGAUCUUGAGAGAGAGUGUCCUUGUCUACGAGAUAUGGGAGGCCCAGCUUUUCAUCGAGUGAAGUGAGUUUACAUCCAUUCAUAGUAUCAUACCUAUAGAGAAGUAGAUUUCCCUUUCUCAUAUUUAUUAGCUCUUUCAAAGCUAGGAGGGGAAUCAACUGACAUGUCAUUUUACAGGCUAGUGUCUAAAUUGUCAUGGAAGGUAUUCCUCUUUGAGAUGUGAUUGAUAUUAUUAACACUUCAUUCUUAUGUUUCUUUGAUGUCAAAAAUAAAAUAAAAUAAAAUAAAAUCACUAAAAAAAUUCUCUAAUUAAUUACUAGUUCUCUGUGGUUCGACCCUUACUCAAUUAUACUUUGUGAGGUUAAAUAUUAUAAUUUUUUCUUGCUAAGUCUAAAAUUUACAAUGAUUAUUACCACAUUUUCUAGAAUUUACAAUGAUCCCGUCGAUCACUAUUUCCUCAACCAGAUUGGCGUCAAAACCUGCCAACAAACUCUAAGACUACGGUAGAAUUUUUUGUACAAAUACGUUACUCAUGGUUUGUAAAUAAACCAUAAGGGCAUCUCACAUAGAAGAUCCUAUCUUUCACAAAAUAAUAACAACGUUUAAACAAAAACUCGAUCUGCUUCAUCUUCUUCCCCAUAUUUUAAUUGUGAAAUUAGAUCAUUUCGUUUAAGCUUGAAACUCCAUGAUAGUCUUGGAACAUGAGUCUCUCUUGCUGUGAGAUCUUAGUGAUAAGUCUUUAUUAUCAUGAGUUAAUAAUUAGUAAAUAAUAUAGUUUUAGCCUUAACUCAUAAUAAAUAGACUUAUCUUUAUGUUAAAUUAUAAAAAGUAGUUUUUAAUUAAUUAAUGUGAAUUUUUAGUUAAUUAUAUAAUUUUCUACAAAUUUAUAUGAUUUUUAUAGUCUUAUUUAUUUAUACUAAUCAUGUAGUGUUAAAAUAUUUGUUAAAGAAAAAAGAUACAAAGCCACGUUUAUUAAUAUAAAUUUUAUUGUUGUAGAAAUUUGACUUAGAAAUAAAAGUAAAAAAGGUUUCAAGAAUGUUGAUGCUAGUCAUAUUUAUAGAUUGAGUGGUACACGAAUAAAUGCAACACCUUACAAGAUGUAAAUCUAGAUAAACAACUGAUGGUAGCUCAACGUCAACCAUCACCAUGGUAUGUAUAUAUCGUUAAUUUUCUGAUUUCUAAAAAACUUCUAGAACAAUGGGAUAAUAAUAAAAAAUAUUAUUUCUUUUAUAAGAUUAGAAAUUAUUUUUGGCAUAAUCUUGAUUUAUAUUACUUGGGCAAUGAUCAAAUUUUAAAGAGAUGUGUUCUUAGAGAAGAAUAUCAUAGCAUUCUUAACAUGUGCCAUUCAUCUAAUUGUGGAGGAUAUUUUUUUGGACAAAAACAACUACAAAUUUUUUCAGUGUGAUUUUUAUUGGCCUAAAAUCAUUAGAAAUUUUAUGGAAUUUAGUAGAACAUGUAUUUUAUGUCAAUCUAUAAGUAACAUAAGUAAAAAAGAUGAAAUGCCCAUGAGUAACAUGUUAGUAGUCAAAAUUUUUAAUAUAUAAGGAAUACAUUUCAUGAGUCCUGACGUGACUCAGUCGUUGUAUAUUAAAUCACGUAAAUUAAAAAUUUAUAAAACUAGAAAAAUAUAUUUUUUUCAGAUAUUUAGAAGUAUUUCUGAACAAAUAUAUCAAUUAUAAUUUAAUAAAACUUUUAAAAAAUAGUAGUAAUUUUCCAAGUUGAUCAUAGGGAUGUAAUAUAAUAUUUGGUAAUUAUUCAUAAUUGUUCUCAAUGAAUACGAUUUUCUAUGAAUUUUAUAUUAAGAAAUGAAAAAAAAAUAUAUUUCACAAAAAAGGGAAAUAGGGGUGUGGAUGUUGAGAUGACAUUUGUGCUUGGCAAACGUGAAUCGGGCAGAAACAGAGUUUUGCCCGGUGAUUCUUACAUAAGCGAUUACAAACAAUUUAAUCGAUCAAAUUAAGAUUUGUAAAAGCCAAAAAAAUUGUAAUUGAAUAAAGUAUAUUUUAGUAAAUUAAAAUCACAAAAAUUAUCACUAAAUGAAGCGUAAAGUAAGUUGAAAGCAAGAAAACAGAGUUCCGACGUCACGACAGCAAUGCGUCGGCGAUGCAGCGGAAUCUUGAGCGUUCAAGAGGAUCAUCGUGUAGUGUCCACAGUCUCAAAGGCUCUCCUUGGACAAAGAUGACGUGGGCAGUCUCUAAAUCUCCUUGCAAAGUCUAGAGAUCAAUGAAGUAGGUUGUCAAAUCGUCUCUGGUGGCUGUCAUCCGGUGGAGCGGAAAAAUGACGACUUUGCAGCUCUCCGACGGCUGUCGCCCGACAGAGAGGAGCUGGAUGGAGGUGGGGCACCUGUCAGGAGCUUCAUCCUCUGGUCCACGCAGCAAGAGGAGGCUCUCCAUUGCAUCUGGUAUGCUCUCAGGAGGUGGCGACUCAUCUCCCAGCGGAUCGUCCACUUUCUGACAACGGCUUGUUCGUCGAUCAAUUGGAGAUGA